AUGUCCGCGAGAGAUACAGUAAAGCCUGACGGACAGGCCACGCUGUUUGCAGACAAGCGAGGCGAGGUGAGUAUGACGCCAGCAAAGUCUUCCGCCAAGAGACCAGCGAAAGAACCCAAAAGUGGCUCCAAGAAGGCAAAGACCGAGGCGUCAACCAAGGCAGAGACCGCCGAAGAUGGCGAGCAAGCCUCAAGGACGAGCAGAGCAGACGUGGGUGAGAUGGAUGAACAGCCGGCGGGCACGAUCGAAAAGGGCCACAUCUAUUUUUUCUAUCGCCCAAAGGUCGACGACGAUGAUCCCAAGUCGCUAGACGAUGUUUCCAAGUUCUUCGUCGUACUCUCGCCAAGACAGGCGAACGAUAAGGACUUCAGAUAUUACCGCUCGAUCGAUGUCGGCAAGAAAAGAUUGCCCGACGUUGACCGGCCUGGUCAAGGUGCCCUGCCUAAAGAAAUCUUCUGGAGUUGCGUCAUGUCAGCAGGCUCGGACUACGAGGCUCUGAAAGCUGGUCUGGCAAGCAGCGAGUAUGACACCAAGACGGCUGGCCAUCGAGUCCAGCCGAGCUGUCGAAUGGCAGGACGGGGCAACUAUUCCAUUCACUAUGUUCCGAGCGAGAAAAGCGAUGCACCAUCCCAGCAAAAGUCAUACCUCAACUACAUCACGGUGGUGCCUGAUCAGCUGGGCGAGGUGCAGAAGUCGCUCGGCAUCAAGCAGGAGUCCUCAAUCUUGCUUCAAGUCAAGGAUCCGCACCAGUCAGCUGCAGGCUUUCAGGGCUUGCCCGAGGAGCGGCGUGCAAAGUAUCCAGACGAACUACAGGCGCUGUUCAAGACGAAAAACCGACCUGCCAAUCCGACAGCGCUUCUCGAUUAUGUUGGCGCUGAAUUGCUGUUAAUAGCCUCAGCUGAUAAAGUCGAGGCGACCGUCGGUGAAGCGGAUGCGAAAGAGCUCAGCAAGGAAGCUGACAGUGCACACUCGCUCGGACCUAGUGACGCACAACGCGAGCUCCACCUUGACAGCAAGGAAAAUCCAGCAGAGGCUCUCGAAGGCGAUUGGACAUAG